AUGAAGCUUUCCAGCACAGUUGAAUUUGUUGCCGUUGCUGUAUCCGCCAUCACGUCUUUGUCUUCGGCUCAACAGCCUGGCACCCGUGUACCCGAGGUGCACCCCUCUCUUCCGUCGCAGCACUGCACGAUAGUCACGGAUGUGCUCCAGCAAGUUGGCAAAACGGGCGCGAAAGUUGCAGUAUGUGUUACUGAAGAUUCUUCAGUGGUGAUCGAUGCAAAUUGGCGUGAUGUGAACGCUGUUGGAACGCUUAACACUUGUGUGAAGAAUGACAAGUGGAACACGACAACCUGCUCGACACCGACAGCAUGUGCUGCGAUCUGUGGCCUCGAAGGAGCAGACUACACCGGGAACUUCAGUAUCACGGCAAUCGGACAGGAACUGUCUCUGAAACUUCAAACCCCGAGUAGUGUUGGCUCCCGCGUGUACAUGCUUGACGCAUCGGGGAAGAAGUACAAACAGUUUCAGUUGCUAAACCAGGAGUUUACGUUCGACGUCGAUGUCUCUAACUUGCCGUGCGGAUCGAAUGGAGCACUAUACUUUGUCAAGAUGGAUCCUGAUGGAGGCUCUGCACGCUUCCCAAGCAACACGGCUGGUGCUGCAUACGGCACAGGUGCCUGUGAUGCUCAGUGUCGACAAGAUCUCCACUUUGUCGACGGAGAAGCCAACCUGAAUGGUUCGUACGGCUCGUGCUGCACUGAGAUGGACAUUUGGGAGGCCAACAGCAUGGCUACUGCCUACACAACCCACUCCUGCUCUACCAAAGGCCAGCAGAGAUGUUUCUCUGUCGAGGACUGCGGUAACACGGACGAAACUCGCUACACUGGUUGGUGUGAUAAGAACGGGUGUGACUUUAAUCCGUUCCGAAUGGGCCACCAGAACUUCUACGGCCCUGGAAAACAAUUCGACAUCGACACGACUCGUCCAUUCUCAGUUGUCACGCAGUUUGUGACCAACGAUAAUACGGACACUGGCGAGUUAGUCGAAAUUCGGCGCCUGUACAAACAAGACGACCGAGUCAUCUCAAACCCAAGCAGCACGUGGCCUGCGUUGAAAGGCACGGACUCCAUAACGGAGGUCAUGUGCAACGUAUCCAAGACCUACUUCGACGACCCUGCCUAUGUCGGCAAUCUAGCUCAGCUGGGGCGAGACAUGAUUGGUGGCAUGACGCUCGCCAUGAGUGUCUGGGUCGACUAUGGCUUGAACAUGAGCUGGUUGGACAGCCAUUUUCCGGGAGAUGAUCCGGCAUUACCAGGAUAUCUACGCGGCGACUGUCCGUUUCCUGGCGGCAGUCCAGAUACUGUGUUUGCUCAGAAUCCGGAUGCAGGCGUCAAGUUCAUGAACAUCCGCUCGGGUGACUUUGGAUCUACAUACUAG